AUCAUCAGCGCACCGUAGAACAUAAAUUAACCGCGUGUUGAAAUUUAAUAUAUUUAUCAAAACAAGAAGGUGUGUUUAAAGAACGAAAUAUGUCAGGCGGAGCGCUUUUUGGAAAUAAUGCUUCUCGCGGUACUCCUAAAAAUUUAGUUGAGUUCAAAGCAGGAAAAAUGACCAUGAAGGGAAAAAUGGUAUAUCCAGAUAUUCGAAAGGGCCAGCUUUACGUUUAUCAAUCUGACGAUUCAUUAAUGCACUUCUGUUGGAAAGAUCGCGUAUCAGGAUACGUUGAAGAUGUAUGAAUUAUUUUUCCUGAUGAUUGUGAAUUUAAACAUGUUCCUCAAUGUAAAACUGGGAGAGUAUACCUUUUAAGAUUCAAGUCAUCCAACAAAAAAUUUUUCGUUUGGCUACAGGAUCUUAAAACAGACAAAGAUGAAGAAUAUUGUAGAAAAAUUAAUGAAGUUCUUAAUAAUCCACCAACUCCUGGGUCACAGAGAAGUGGCAGUACAAACACAGAAGGAGAUCUCCAAAAUUUGUUAAAUAAUAUGUCACAACAGCAGCUAAUGCAGUUGUUUGGUGUGGGUCAAAUUGGUUUAAGUUCCUUGUUGAGUACAAUGAAUAGACCUCAAGGUGCACAAAGUACUAGAGCUUCUACAACAAUUGCAUCAACUCGUGUUACUACCAAUGCUUCGAAACCUGUAACAGAGAUGGUGUCUUCAGCAGCAUCUACUAAUGAUACUCCAAAACCUAAUGGUGACAAUAAACCAUCAACACGAACACCAGGUACUUCCACACCUGGAAUCACAACAAAUACAAAUAACAAAAUCAAAGGACAGAGAGACAUGGUUAUUUCAUUAUUUAAUCUUCUUUUCCACAUGAACUUUUCCUGGCUGUCGGAGACUCUCACUCUGCGGAGCAGUUGGGGAAGUUUCUCUGGGAUUAUUUGUUGUUUUCAGCCACCUACAGCACAGCAUAUGAUCCGGCAGAGGGGCAUAACAACUGAGCUAACAAGUACCAUCCCUGCAGCGAUUUCUGCAACGGAAAGCUUGGAGUGUGCAAUGAGCCGACACUUACCACCAGGAGAUCACCUGUGUACCACGCUAGUGUCUCCCCAGUUCUCCCAGGCGCUAUCAAUGUUCUGGUCUGCUUUGCAGUCAGGCCAGGCGGGAGAGGUCAUCCGUCAAUUUGGCUUUGGCCCGGAUGCUGUCAAUGCUGCAGCCAAUGGAAACAUUGAAGAAUUCGUCACUGCUCUCGAGUCUGAAGCUAAGAGUGGCCAAGAACAGACGCAGCAAGGACAAGAGGACAAAAGUACUAAACAAACUCCACCAGCGUCUAGUCCUGAUAAGAAAGACGACGAUGAUGAAGGAAUGGCUUUAGAUUAA